AUGUCGGACACGCGAUCUCAAGGAUCGAGUCGUUCGCGCAACAAGGCGCGUCUGCCCCUGCCUUCGCAGCUUAGUAACACUGGCGAAGUCGACCUUCUCAGCCAGUUUUCGGGCAAUUCGGAUCCUAAAAGCAAGAAGUCUUCCAAACGAAGCAAAAAUCUACCUCUUCCUUCUGGGCAAGGUGACGCUGCUGGCGACUUGCUCUCUUCACUUUUGGGCGGCUCCAGCGAAACAAGGUCGAACAAUUCCAAAUCCAGUCGUCGAAAGAAGCUGCCUCUCCCGUCCAACGGCGCCGAAUCAUCCCUUCUCAACGAUUUCCUCGAGCCAUCAUCUUCAACUUCAACAACUAGCAAUCAGAACAGAUCAGGGAACCGACUUGCCCCAUCCUUCGCCAGGGAAAAGAGCCACCUCUCUUCAGGAUCGCAUACUGUCGAGGGGGAAUCUGGUGCACAGGACUUGCUCGAAAGACUAACCAACUUGAGUUCCAGGUCUAAUGAAUCUGGAUCGAAGAGAUCUAUCAACACAAAUGGCUCUCGAAGAAAUCUUCCCAAGCCUAGUCAAAUGGGCAAAACUGACGAUCUCUUGAGCAUGUUCUCCAGUACUCAGCCUCAAGAACACGACUACGACUCGGAAAACAUCGUCUACGAGCCUGCUGAUGAUGAUGAAGCCGAAAACGAAGAUUACUUUGAUGAAGGUAAUCCGCCGAUGUCGCCAAGGGACACUUUGAAGGAAGCUUCGGAUGUGUUGUCCAUUCUCAGUGGACAUGGAGGUGGCAUUAAGCCGAGCGUGCUAACAGGCCGUGUUAAAUAUUCUGACGAUGAUUCCAAAAGCAUGUCUUCAGCAGGAUCCAGGGAGCGGCCAGAGAGUCAAAUAUCUGGCAAGGGCUACAUCUCGGAUAAAUCAUCAAUGGUUUCGGCUAGUAAUCAAAAAUCGUCAGGUCUGGCGGCAAGUUUGACGAGUUCUGGCCAUGAGGGAAGGCAGUGGAAUCAGAAUCGAGCGUAUUUUCUCCGAACAGCUAAACUACGCGAAGCGAAGAAAAACUCGCCCCUCGGCAAGUGGCUUCCCGGCGGAUCGAUGUCGUCCUCCACCCGUUCUAAAAAUUACAGCAAUCGCGACGAGGAAGAAGAAGAGGAAACGCUAGAAUCGGCUCCGGAAGCGGACCAAGCAUUUGUCGAACACCUUCAGCUCGAGCUAGAGGAAGCGCGGCGGAUUAUACGCUCGCACGAGCAAAAGAUUCUAGCUCUUCAGACUGAGCUCGGCUGCGAGCUUAGUAGAGCCUUUCGCGGCUUCACGGCUUACUUUCGACUCUUGAGGCGACCAGACUUGAAGGAUGAAGUUGAAGCCGCCCGCGAAUCGUGCAUGGAAGAAGAAUGCGAACGCGUCGAAGCUGAGAUUGAGAAAGAAAAAGUUCACAAUGAAAAUCGACUUUUGAAGGAAAGAAAUGAGUCUGUCAGUCAAAAAAUUGACAGAAUCACAGAUUUAUUUCAAAAUUUCGAUGCAACUUUGUGUGAUUUUGAGACAUACGAUCGUUUGAAGGUUCAAAUACAAAAUUUGGAGCGAACAAAGAGCAACUCUCGAAUUCCCCCUCUGAAGGAAAAUACGCGCUCGAUGAGCAAUCUGGACCGUCCUCAAAGCUCAACGAUUGCGAUUCAAACCGACGAGCUCCGAACUGUCAAAUCGAUGGGCGAUGUUCUUACUUCCAAUGCGCUUGUUAGAACUUCUUCAUUGAGUGAUAUUGAAAACGCAGAUCCAAAACAGCUUACGAAUGAAAUCUCCGAAGCUGGUGGCCUCGUUAUUUCCUCCGUCGCAACUGGGAAAGAAAUCGCCAUUCCCUUUGAAAAUAAACCGACUAGCUUCAAGGUGGCGAUUCUCGGCUAUUGGAUGAAAGCCCUCAUCCUCAGAGAAAGUGACUUCUCUGGCUCGCUGUACAAACAUCUUUGA